CUACUUAACCCUCUGUGAGACUGAGACAAAAUAAACCCUGAUACUUCAAUUUCUCGGUCUGUCCGAGAAUUUGUCGCAACAAUGCCGAACCCCUAUGGUGUAUCAGAUGCUGAAUUCAACAUCAUCAAACUGCAGGCUGCCAGACGUGCUGGCCUCAGAAAGGAGUUUAUGAAGCAACAGACUAACCCAUUUAAACAUGCUACCGAAGCUGGCUAUGUCUUCGAUCCAGCCCUACAAAAGUUCUUGUCCAUGAAAGUGACGACUUUAGAACAUUUCCAAGCGAACACACGUACGUCGAUGUUUGGAUUAUGCGCUAUAGUACUGCCGAUGAUAACUUAUGGUAUCAUUCUAUGGAAGCACAGGACCAACCGUGAAGACCAGAUCAGACGCGGUGAACUCCGUUACAGAGAAAGAUCUUUCAAAUUUGCGUAAACGAUACACAAACUUACGAUCAAAUCAAUAUAAAUAUUGUGUAGAUAAUAAUAAAAUCAUUUAACUGUUA